AUGGCCAUGAACUGGACGGGAGGCACCCGUAAUUGUGCCAUCAAAACCGCUACAACGUCCCGUCUCCAGAAACGCUACUUUGCCAAGGUCCGCGCCGCGGCCCAAACUGUUGCGGUACCUUCUUCGCAAGGAAAUCUUCCCCACGUGUUCAAGCGGAAGAGCCGAAUGACACCCGAGUUUGAUAUUGUGGUUAAGAAGGCAAGGACUGAUCAUGGAGGGACUACUCGAAGGGGUUCUUCUCCGCCUUUGCAUAUCGAUAGGGAUAGUGGGAAGAGGGGUGGAAAGGAGAUGGAGGAGAAUAUUAGGAGGGCAAGAAGAAGGAUUCUACUGGAGAGGGAAGACUGGGUGUGCACGGCCUUAUCAAAACCGUUGGUUUUGAAGAGCAGGGAAGAAAUGAGGAAGCUCAAGACAAACUCUCAUCGGGAUGCUACCGAGACCAGUUCGUCCGGUUCCACUAGUUCUGAAGAGGAAGAGGGAGAUGAUGAUGAUGAUGAUGAUAGUAGCACCUUACAAAACGACGGUAGACAAGGGGCAAUAUCUAUCGGGCACGAGAAUAGGAGAAGAAUGAUUCAGCGUGACGACACCCCAGAACUGCCAGAAUAUCCAGAGCAUAGUGAAGAUAUUUAUAUACAUAUCGGGGGUUCGACCCAAAGAUCAUCGACUACUGCAACUAAUCCUACAAGAUCCGCAGAAUCCGCAAGCCGGUCUACGGAGAUCGACUCUACUACAAUUCGGGGAUCAUCAGUGGAUACAAUGUUGCUAGAUUGUUAUAGACAUGAACCAAUGUUCCAGUUUCGGCACAUUACCCCGGCAGUGUCCGAUAUUGUUGAACAGAAACGUCGGGAAGUUCAGCAAAAAGGUUAUUCCUCAUCGCCUUUAACACGGUAUUCUCGUCGGAGGGGUAAUCGGGUCCCCAGACCGCUCGAUGGGGAGCUGGGAGAGGUUAGCGAGGGUGAUCGACUGAUCGAGGAGGUUGAGCGAGCAUCUUCCCCUAUUCCUAGUAAUUCGGUUCAUUCGACUAUAGUAGUACGACAUAGUCCUGGCGCCCACGGGAAGGAAUGCUUUUGUUCAAGGGCAAAAAGGGCAACGGAGUAUGAUUUCAGUAGGAUUGCUGGCAUCGAAAGCCCGAUUGACAAGAAAUUCCGGGGGGAAGAGGCCCUGGGACGCGCCCAGAUGAUAAGUGCUACGCCUGGGCCAUCACAAGUUUCUUGGAGUACAUCACCUGCAGAACGCCAGCCUUACCAACACCAAGGGGAACAGUCAUUUGACGAGAUAGCUAGUGGGAUAGUUUCCAGUGAGAACUUCCUAAAUCUUGAUCCUUCUGUGGGUAGUGCCAAUGGAACUCAAAGUCAAGUUGGAGUGAUGCCAGGAACUGAGAAAAUGAUACACGAGACCGCCGGGGAGGGCGAGGAGGGUAGGCGUGAGGAAUCUCUAAGAAUGGAGAACCUGGAUGACAGUGGAAUAGAGGGGGUUGUGGAUUCCGAGGUAGAAGAAUCUGAGAUGGAGAUGGGUCAAGAUGACCAUUCGCUCGGCCACGAUAGAGAAAGCGCUGAUCCAGGGUCCCUGGAUUCUGGCGAAGAUAGCGUGAAAGAUACCCCAGAAAACACUGACAGUGAGUGGGACGAGGAAAGCGCUACCGCCACAGAUGAAGACACGGGGGAUAUUUUAGACACUAUUUACGUGGCUUCCACCAUUGCCCAUGAAGAGACCUCCGCCGAGGCGGUUGGGUUGACAACGGACGAUCCUAGACUCCACGCACAACUGAGCUGCAUUGCUGCAUAUGAUCGCCCAGGCCGAACGGAGAACGGACAAGCCAAGCACAACAUAGCAGAGUGUAAUAAUAUCCGAGAUUCUCUCGACAGCACCGUAGAGGAUCAGGGCAAGUUUCCACAAGUAUUCGCACAGUCCACGAGGGGAUAAUUGCUAAACUGAGUAAUAAUAUCCACAGAACUAUUCAUACAAAACGAAUGGCUUGAAAAGAUUCUAGCCGCAUCCUCAGACCUGUUCAAAUCCUCACCGUUUGACGUAGUGGAACAUGGGGAAUACGAGAACCAGGGGAUAAAUACUGACUCCCUCCCUAGCCCCCCCUCCCUAGAAACGUCAAAAGCUCCAGAGCCAACCCCCACAAAAAAACCCGAGAAGUCCAAAAGACCCUCACAAAGAUUCCUUAUACCACCAUAUGAACACAACGGGGAUAAUCUACAGGGAGCGGCACCAUUUCGGGCGCGUGGAAAGGAACACAAGAGUCACACGCAACAACAGCAUCAGCACAAGAAGCUGCCGCAUCCACCACCGGAGGACGUCACAUCGCCAAUUACUAGUCCUGUAGCACUCGUAUACUCAAGACCUUACUGUCUGGGGGUCGGGCCCCGAGAACCUCCAACGACCACUGGUGGUGGCCCGGGACCUGGUGCGGGAGGGAGACGGAGGAAGGUUGGCGGGGAGGGGGAGAGGAGUGGAAGGGAGCUUGUGCGGGAGGGGGAUGGGGAAGAGGUGGAGGAUAUCGAGGAUUUUUGA